CCCACAUGUCCUGUUAAAUGUGAUUAAAAGCCUGAAAAUAAAAUAAUAUAGUAUUUUAAUACGUGAUAAAAAUGUUGAACGCGACGCGGGCAUUCGGCCGAAAGGCUUUAGAGUGCACCGGAUUAAGUUCAGACCUGUAUACGCAGAGAAAUUUUUCGUCAAUUUUGAAAAGCAACGCAACACCCACAGUUCCUAUUUACCAGCGACAUGGCGUACAAUUUAGAAACAAGUCUGAGGGUGUUCGUGGAGCCGUCAUUGGAAUCGAUCUGGGCACGACAAACUCGUGCGUUGCCGUCAUGGAGGGCAAGACACCCAAGGUGGUGGAAAACAGUGAAGGCUCUCGGACGACUCCCUCCCAUGUGGCCUUCUCGAAAGAGGGCGAGCGUCUGGUCGGAAUGCCCGCCAAACGGCAAGCGGUCACGAAUAGCGGUAACACGUUUUACGCGACGAAGAGAUUGAUCGGACGUCGAUUCGACGAUCCCGAAGUGCAAAAGGACAUGAAGAAUUUGUCAUACAAAGUAGUCAGGGCUUCGAAUGGCGACGCCUGGGUGCAAGGUACUGAUGGCAAAGUAUACUCUCCGAGCCAGAUUGGUGCAUUUGUGUUAAUAAAGAUGAAGGAAACUGCUGAAGCAUACUUGAACACAAGUGUGAAAAAUGCAGUCAUAACAGUGCCAGCUUACUUCAAUGAUUCCCAGCGUCAGGCCACAAAAGAUGCAGGUCAAAUCUCUGGUUUAAAUGUGCUACGAGUUAUCAAUGAGCCGACUGCUGCUGCCCUCGCUUACGGUAUGGACAAGACCGACGACAAAAUAAUAGCGGUGUAUGACCUCGGAGGUGGAACCUUCGAUAUCUCGGUGCUGGAGAUCCAGAAGGGAGUGUUCGAAGUGAAGUCUACCAAUGGAGACACUCUGCUGGGAGGUGAAGACUUUGACAAUGUUAUUGUGAAUUUCCUAGUGGAUGAGUUUAAACGUGAUCAAGGCAUUGACAUCCGUAAAGACGCUAUGGCUAUGCAAAGGCUGAAGGAAGCUGCUGAAAAAGCCAAAAUUGAAUUAUCAGGGUCGGUGCAGACUGACAUCAACUUGCCUUACCUGACUAUGGAUGCAUCGGGACCCAAACACAUGAACUUGAAGAUGACACGCUCGAAACUAGAAUCUCUAGUUGGGGAUCUAAUCAGGCGGACGGUGGCACCGUGCCAGAAGGCCCUUCAGGAUGCCGAAGUGCAGCGAUCGGACAUCGGUGAAGUUCUGCUCGUUGGUGGAAUGACGAGAAUGCCUAAGGUCCAACAAACAGUACAGGAAAUAUUCGGCAGGGCUCCGUCUCGAGCCGUGAACCCCGACGAGGCCGUGGCGGUGGGAGCCGCUGUCCAGGGCGGAGUCCUAGCGGGUGACGUCACUGACAUCCUUCUCCUCGACGUGACUCCACUGUCACUGGGCAUCGAAACCCUCGGAGGCGUCUUCACCAAGCUGAUCACAAGGAACACCACCAUACCCACUAAGAAGAGCCAAGUGUUCUCUACCGCGGCCGACGGGCAGACGCAAGUGGAGAUCAAGGUCCACCAGGGCGAGCGCGAGAUGGCGUCGGACAACAAGCUGCUGGGGCAGUUCUCGCUGGUGGGCAUCCCGCCCGCGCCGCGCGGCGUGCCGCAGAUAGAGGUCGCCUUCGACAUCGACGCCAACGGCAUCGUGCACGUGUCCGCGCGGGACAAGGGCACCGGCAAGGAGCAGCAGAUCGUGAUCCAGUCGUCGGGAGGGCUGUCGAAGGACGAGAUCGAGAACAUGGUGAAGGCCGCCGAGCAGUUCGCCGCCGCCGACAAGACGCGGCGCGAGCGGGUGGAGGUGGCCAACCAGGCCGAGGCCGUGCUGCACGACACCGACACCAAGAUGGACGAGUACAAGGCGCAGCUGCCGCAGGACGAGUGUGACAAACUACGCGAGGAGAUGAACAAACUCCGUGAGCUGCUCGCUAAAAAGGACACCAUUGAGCCGGAAGAACUUAGAACAGCCACCGGACAGCUGCAGCAGGCCAGCCUUAAACUGUUUGAACAGGCUUACAAGAAGAUGGCAGCUGAACGCGAAGGAAGCCAACAACAGCAACAGCAGCAGACGGAUCAGACGCAGAGCCAAGAGAAGAAGGAGGAGAAGAAUUAGAUGGAUUUCUCUACGGGAUUGAGUGAAAACCAAAUGUUUAGUCUAGGCUUCAUGAUCUACUUGUUG